AUGCAAGGCUCCACUACCGAACAAGAAGAGUCCGUCAUGAUGACUUUUGAACCUAUCAUGAAUGACCAUUGUACAGAUCCCCCAACCAUAACCAAUGGUAAUAAGGAAUUAUCAACAGAGACGAAUCAACCUCAUCAAAACGACACUUCUUCAAAAACACAACAAGAAUCACUUCCUCUACCUUCCAUGGUAUCACCAACAUCGUGUGCAUCCUUAUUAUCACCUUCAUCAAGUGUUCAUCAAUCCGUUAAUCAGCAUGCAGAACAGAAAUUAAUAGAAAAAGACGAUCAUUUAGUCAUCGUUCCUUCCACCUUAAAUUAUGGACAUCAACGAAAAUCCACGAUUGCAAAAAGAUUAAUUCUUUCCAUGAUAUGUUUGACUUUUUUUCCUCUCUGUGUGUUACUAUGGACAAAGGCUUUUACAUCGAAAUUUGAUCCACUAGACAUAUUCUUUUUAUAUUUUGUGAAAUUGGGAGAGCUAUCUAUUCUGUACACCUUCUUUCUAUUUUCUAUUUAUUAUCCUCUAUUUUAUGGUUAUCACCCUCCAAACAUUGCCUAUUUACUUGUUCUUCCAUUAUUACCAUUGUUGAAUCUUUUUUUUGCUGGACUGUUUGGAUCUUUUGGAGGAUUGUCUUCAAGUGUGUCAAUACUUGUAAAUACUUUACUUUUGAGUUGGGUGUAUUGGAUGUUUCGAAUAUGGACUCCUAGAACAUCGAUAUCACCAACACCUCCAAGCAUUGACGAUACCUCUCAACACUCUGCAAUAAUACCACAAACAAUGAAUCCACCGCCAAUCCACUCCACUGUUCACAAUGGAGAGACUCAAUCGAGUCUGAGCAUACAGUCCAAUGUAAUGACAACCAUGACAAUCCCAAUAGAACAAGAGCAUUUCAAUGAAGAUUCUCAUUCCAAUAUUUCAGAUUCUCACCACAACAUUUGUUCGAAAGAAAAUUCUACCAUUCACUCCUCACUUGAAGAGAUUCCUCAUAUUUCCUCAUCAUUUGUUGAAAUUGAAUUAGAAACACCUCAUAUUCAAAACAACACUUCGCCUCCAGAGCUUUAUCCAAAUGAUGAAAAAAGAACUGAAGAAGAGCAACAUACUUCCACACAGUCAAUGGAUACCAUCAGUGUUAAUAGUAACCACAGUGACGAUAUUGAUGAGAAUGUACUUGAUGAAGAAGAUCGAAAAGAUUUACGAACAAAAACACAACGAAAUAUUCUCAGGGAGGAACGAAAUAUGAAAAUGUGGACAAAUAUUCAGAUCAAUAUUGCGCUCUAUAUAUUCCUACUGCAGUUAUGCCUCAAUGAAUACGCUGAAAGUAUUGUGAGAUAUUCAUUCGGAGAGCCCUUUGAUGCAAUAUCAUUUCUUCCUCUUAUUAUCAAUCGAAUAGUGUCAUCUGUAUUGAUUCGAUUAACAGAAAGACAAACAAAAACAUAUUCAUUUAUUGAUUUCUUGUCACGUUCUGUGACAGUGUAUGGACUGAAACGCUUUUUUCCUUUAUUGGGAUGGCGUCAAUUUGUUGGUUUUCAAGUAACCUCAAUUCUUUUACGAGCAAUCACAAUGUUAAAACUAUUGAAACCAGUAUCUCAUUUGAUAUAUUGGAUAGACACUGGAGUGAAACGACUCAUAAACAGAGCUCUUAGACAUGAGAUUAUUUCAAUAUCAGAAUUUAUGAAUCAAAACAAGUUUUAUGAAAGAAAUUUUGAGAAUUGUUCAAAACGAUUUUAUAGUGGUGUUUUUAUGGAUCUAAGUAGCUCGGCUGUUUUGAUUAUUUAUGUUUGGGUGUUUCAAACACUGACCUUAGAUAUUGGCAUAUACUAUAUGAUCGACAUGAUGAUAUCAUUAGGAGUAAGUAUUAUUAAGAUGACGAUAAUUACCAUUUUAGUGGAUUGUGUUGGCAAUCAUCAUUAA